ACACUGGGGAUAGCGGCCCAAUGACAGCGAACUCGCCUAUACCAAAGUGAGGCAAAUUCCGGGCAAUUUCGAAUCGCUGGACUUUUGUAUGAACAACUCGGUCUUAGUUCAGGACUCGUCCUCGUUAUGAAGUAGCCCUUGUAUGCGUGCCACUUGAAUGCGUGCCACUUGAAUGCGUAGCGAAGUGGAUCAGAGCUGUUUUGCGUUGACUCGAUACUUGACCCAUACAGCAGAAACAUGACCCAUACGUUGCGAGGGCAUAUAAGAAGCCGCCAACUGCGUAGAUGUGUUAAGAGCAACUUCAGACAAACGUAUACCACGCUUGACAAACUUUACGACAUAUUUGGUCAAUUCCGUACGAUCUAAUCGUAUCUUCUACAUCAAGAUCUCCAGUAUGCCUGCAACAUUCGGAAACUAUGCGGGUACAGAAUCGAAGUCGAAGGCUUUCCAUUAUUCCCAAGCUGUCAGAGUAGGGAAUAUUGUGCGGAUAUCAGGUCAGGGUGGCUGGGAUACGGAAGGAAACGUAGCCCCGGAUGCUCCAAAGCAGGUCGAACUAGCGCUGGAGAAUAUUGAGAAAGCUCUUCAGUCGGUCGAAAAGAGUCUGUCUUGGAGAAACGUCUACGCUAUUCGAUCGUACCACACAAACAUCGACGAGUCUGCUGACAUGUGCAUCGAAGGCUGGCGGCGGGUUAUGCCUGAUCACCGGCCAGUGUGGACAUGUGUCGAGAUUACAAAACUUGGUAUUGAAGGCAUGCAAAUCGAAAUUGAGGUGGAGGCCCUAGUUGAGUAGGAGUACGGGACCGACGGUUGAAGAAGAUGGGCUACAGUGACCAAGAAGUCCAUUGUAUCGUGGGUGGUCGCCCCCUGGACGU